AUGCUUCGAUCAUUAGCGACGCGGCUCCCGCGGCGCGCAGCCGCCACCGCCGCCGCCGGCACGCCGUCCCGCCUCGCAGCAACCACGACGCUCCGCGCCCCGCCGUCCCGUCGCACGCUCGCGACAACCAUCGAAGCCAUCCCCAAGGAGCCGACGGAGCUCGACGCCAUCACGACCCUCCCCAACGGCCUGCGCGUGGCCUCCGAGGCGCUGCCGGGCUCCUUCUCCGGCGUCGGCGUCUACGUCGACGCCGGCUCCCGGUACGAGGACGCGGGCCUGCGGGGCGUCAGCCACAUCAUGGACCGGCUGGCCUUCAAGUCGACGGGCAGCCGCAGCGCCGACGCCAUGAUGGAGCAGGUCGAGGCGCUCGGCGGCAACAUCCAGUGCGCCAGCUCGCGCGAGAGCAUGAUGUACCAGGCGGCCACGUUCAACGGCGCCGUGCCCACCACCGUCGGCCUCCUCGCCGAGACGAUCCGCGACCCGCGCCUCACCGAGGACGAGGUCCUCGAGCAGCUCGGCACCGCCGAGUACGAGAUCAAGGAGAUCUGGAGCAAGCCCGAGCUCAUCCUGCCCGAGCUCGUCCACACCGCCGCCUUCAAGGACAACACCCUCGGCAACCCCCUGCUGUGCCCGGAGGAGCGCCUCGGCAGCAUCUCGCGGGAGACGAUCCAGCGGUACCGCGACCUGUUCUACCGCCCGGAGCGCAUCGUCGUCGCCUUCGCCGGCGUCGACCACGGCCAGGCCGUCAAGCUGGCGGAGCAGUACUUUGGCGACAUGAAGGGCUCCUACCAGGAGCCGACCCUCUCGAGGACGGGGUCGGAAACGUCCCUCGACGACGGCUCAUCCUCGCAGGCGUCGGCGUCCACUGACUCAUCCGCCUCAUCCGCCGCAUCCGCCACCUCCCCCGUCCAGCAACCCUCCAAGCUCCUGUCCAAGGUGCCCUUCUUCAAGAACCUCUCCACCUCGGCGCCCAACGGCGCCUCCGUCCUCUCCGGGCUCCCGCCGCACGACAUCGACGCCCCGGCCCGCUACACCGGCGGCUUCCUCUCCCUCCCGCCGCAGCCGCCGUCGCUGAACCCCAACAUGCCGACCUUCACGCACAUCCACCUCGCCUUCGAGGGCCUCCCCAUCUCCUCGGACGACAUCUACGCCCUCGCGACGCUGCAGACCCUCCUCGGCGGCGGCGGCUCCUUCUCGGCCGGCGGGCCCGGCAAGGGCAUGUACUCGCGCCUGUACACCAACGUGCUCAACCAGCACGGCUGGGUCGAGUCGUGCGUCGCCUUCAACCACUCGUACACGGACUCGGGCCUGUUCGGCAUCUCGGCGAGCUGCAUCCCCGGCCGCACGGCGAGCAUGCUCGACGUCAUGUGCCGCGAGCUGCGCGCCCUCACCCUCGACACGGGCUUCUCCGCCCUCAAGCGGGGCGAGGUCGACCGCGCCAAGAACCAGCUGCGGUCCUCGCUGCUCAUGAACCUCGAGAGCCGCAUGGUCGAGCUCGAGGACCUCGGCCGCCAGGUCCAGGUCCACGGCCGCAAGAUCCCCGUCACCGACAUGUGCCGCCGCAUCCAGGACCUCACCGUCGACGACCUGCGCCGCGUCGCCCGCCUCGUCGUCGGCGGCAUGGUCGAGAACCCCGGCCGCGGCAGCGGCUCGCCCACCGUCGUGCUGCAGGAGGCCCAGGCCCACGGCGUCAGCACCCACACGCUCGAGUGGGAGGGGAUCCAGAACACCAUUUACGACUGGCAGCUGGGCCGGAGAUGA